UUGGCGAUGGUGUAAUGCAGACGUUGAAUCUAAAAUUCUGUGGCUGGAGCUAUAGCGAGGCUGAAGUGGGGGUCUACGCUACAGUCUGGGCAUGGCCGCGACGGCAUCAUACAUCAUCGGUAUUCCACGGCUGUAUGAGACCCUGAGCUAUACACAAACACAGUUGAUAAUGAGUUUGAAUCCGCAAUUAAGACGGCAAGUCAUCGCCAUAUAUAAAGAGCUUCUGUAUUUGGGAAGAGAGUAUCCCCUCGGCUUUGGCUACUUUCGACCUCGUCUUCAUAAGGCCUUCAUUUCAAAAGCUGGGGAACGUGAUGAGAAUAAGAUCCGUCAGGGAAUUGCCCAGGCCGAGUAUGUAAAGAAAGAGAUUGAAGCAUUGUACUACUUGAAAAGGUAUCGCACAUUGAGAAAACGAUAUGACGCCAACGCGUAAAAGGGAAGGGGGGUAUGUGUAUGUAGAAGAUGCUGAUCGAGGUUCUUUGGGACGUUGAGGUCCAGGGUGUGUGUAGUUAUUGUGUCAGGGAAAGCAUUCCAGU